AUGACACAAGUCAACCCUAAGCUCCCAGAACUGGGCUCCUUCCACUUCCCUACCGUGGUGGAUGCAGAGCCGUCCUACUCGGUGCAGACUCCGUAUGGCUUCCAGCUGGACUUGGACUUCCUGAAGGUCGUGGAGGAGAUCGAGAGCGGCCAGGGGGCUCGACGAGGGGCUCGGAGGUCAGGGAGGGGGAGGAGUCUGCCUCAGCACGGGGGAAGGGCCAGCGCCUGGACUUCCACAGAGUCCCUGACCUCCAGCAGCGAGGACGGCCGUCUGCCUCCCCCUCCUCCACCGCGACAUCGGCUCGGGUCUGCCCCUUGUGAGAGCCUCACGCUCUCCCCCAUCAGCCUCAGCACCUUCCCCCUGUCUGCGGGACCCAAGGUGCCGCCCCUGCCCCCCCAGAGGAACCCCCGAGUGGACCGGACCCUCCUGGAGACCAGUCUGAGGCUGCAGCAGGACCAGGGCCCCCACUCUGGGCCCAACUGGACCAGACCCAGCCCCGGGACGUCAGGGCGCAGCACCCCGGCAGGCUCCGUGCUGCCCCCCAGUCAGCUGCAGACGGUGCGGGAGCAGAUGGCGACGGCCCUGAAGCAGCUGAAGGAGAUGGAGGAGCGGGUGAAGGGGGUGCCUGCUCUGGAGCAGGAGGUGCACCGGCUGCGAGCGGAGAAACACGCUCUUCUGCUGGAACUGCAGGACAAGAGUUCCACCCUAGAGGUGACCGAGUCCUCCACACAAACACCAGAGGGGCCUCCACCGCGGUACAUCAGGGACCUCAGGGACCCCAUGGACCCCAGCUUCUGUGCGAGCGACAAGACAGAAGUGGUGGAGGCCAUGAAGGAGCAGAGCGUCCAGACCUCAGCACCUCCUCUCCUGAAGGAGCAGAGCGUCCAGACCUCAGCACCUCCUCUCCUGAAGGAGCAGAGCGUCCAGACCUCAGCACCUCCUCUCCUGAAGGAGCAGAGCGUCCAGACCUCAGCACCUCCUCUCCUGAAGGAGCAGAGCGUCCAGGCCACAGCACCUCCUCUCCUGAAGGAGCAGAGCGUCCAGACCACAGCACCUCCUCUCCUGAAGGAGCAGAGCGUCCAGGCCACAGCACCUCCUCUCCUGAAGGAGCAGAGCGUCCAGACCUCAGCACCUCCUCUACUGAAGGAGCAGAGCGUCCAGACCACAGCACCUCCUCUCCUGAAGGAGCAGAGCGUCCAGGCCACAGUGCAGACGGCGGAGGGAGAGGCCUGGGUCCUGGAGGGUCUGUUGGGGACCUCCUCUGAGGCCCAGAGAGAGAUAGACACACUCCAGGACAUGGUUAGGUUCCAGCAGGAGGCCAUCAGUGCUUUGGAGGCGCAGGUCAAGGAGGUGCAAGGAGAGCUGGAGCACAGACUGGAGAUGGAGGAGAACUCGUCCAAAACCCCGAGCCACAAAAGUGUGGAGGUCAAACCAGAGACGGCGAGCGCAGAGACAUGGACUCAGGAGAAGGAGGAGCAGAGGAGGUGUGUGGAGACACAGACACAGCAGGAGGAGGAGCAGAGGAGGUGUGUGGAGACACAGACACAGCAGGAGGAGAAGAGGGUGGUAAGCACGGGCUAUCAGUGGGAGGAGCAGGAGACCAGGCCCCAGGACCAGGAGGAGAGAGGAGAGGAACCGGAGGAGGCGGAGGAGGAGAACCUCACACCAAAAACUGGUUUACUCAAGUCCAUAAUGAAGAGGAGCGAUGGUCUCAGCUCAGGGGACCGCAGCAGCAGCAAAAAGAGCCUGCAGUUUGUGGGAAUCCUGAACGGAGGAUAUGAGUCGACAUCGAGUGAAGAGGAGGAGCAGGAGGAGCAGGAGGAGCAGGAGGAGCAGGAGGAGGACAGCGAGGACAGUGAGGACAGUGCAGACCCUGAUGCAGACAGCUCAGAGGACGAGGAGGCUCUGGAUGUGGAGACGUCAGAGGAGGAGAAGAACAUCAGCCUGGACGACAGCGACUCAGACGAGGAGGUGCUGUCUGCGGCCGACUACAGUGGGAAGUUUGAACUGAGCUCAAAGAUUCGCGACGCCUGCAUCGUCCUGAAGAACCAUCUGAACGACCCUGAGACCGCCAAGAGCAAGGAAGUGCUCUCCUCCUCCCACAUGGUCCAGGUGGAGUGGUUCCGAGUGUCCAGUGGGAAGGCGGCGGUGUCUGCGCGAGUCUCGGAUUAUCUCGUGUGUUUCUCUGAGAUCUCGUCCACUCUGCUGCAGCACGUGGUCAACAUGAGGGACGGGAACGGGAACACCGCUCUGCACUACAGCGUCUCCCACUCCAACUUCAGAGUCGUAGAUCUGCUACUGGAUACUGGGCUGUGCUGUGUGGAUGAGCAGAACACGGCGGGCUACACAGCCAUCAUGCUAGCAGCUCUGUCCACCGUGAAGGAGGAGCAGGACAUGAUGGUGGUGCAGAAGCUCUUCAGUCAGGGCAACGUCAACGCCAAGGCCAGCCAGCCCGUCCCUGCACCUCCCCCCAUUCUGGCACGGCUCGUCCCGGCACUCAUCGGUGUUUGUUUGGCAGCGGUCACCGUGGAAACCCGGCAAGCAGGUGCAUCUGAAGCCGUCCGCGUCGUCACGGCAACGGGCGCCAUUGAGACAGGGCCCUGA